AUGGCUUCGAGGCCGGAACUCAAGGUCGACGAUGAGGGUGGUUUCAUCCGCAACUUUCGCUCGCUACCCCCCAAGCCUGACGGGGACAACACCAUCCGUGUCUUUGACCGGACAGACUGGUAUUCUGCACAUGGGGAAGAUGCCGAGUUCAUCGCAAGAACGGUCUACAAGACCACUGCGGUGCUGAGGAAUCUUGGACGCAGCGACAAUGCCCUUCCCAGCGUCACCAUGUCGACCACGGUUUUCCGCAACCUUCUUCGAGAAGCACUUUUCAAACUGGGCAAACGAGUUGAGAUCUGGGAGGCGAGUGGAAGAGGACAAUGGACAUUGGCUCGCCAAGCCAGUCCUGGCAAUCUGCAGGCGGUUGAGGAAGAGCUGGGAUCUGGGCUGGACAGUCAGGGCGAUAGUGCUCCAAUAAUUCUGGCGGUGAAGGUCAGCGCGAGAGCAGGCGAAGCCAGAACAGUCGGGGUCUGUUUUGCAGACGCCAGCGUUCGGGAACUUGGCGUCAGCGAGUUCCUCGACAAUGACCUCUACUCGAACUUUGAGAGUCUACUCAUUCAGUUGGGGGUCAAAGAGUGCAUCGUGUCCAGCGACAGCUCCAAAAAGGACCCCGAGCUGGCAAAGAUCAAACAAGUCAUUGACUCAUGUGGGAUCGCCAUCUCGGAGAGACCCGCAGCCGACUAUGGCACCAGGGACAUUGAACAAGAUCUCGCCAGACUCCUGAAGGGCGAGAAUGCAAUCGGCAUGUUGCCUCAAACAGAGCUCAAGCUGGCUAUGGGCAGUGCAGCAGCCUUGAUCAAGUACCUGGGGGUGCUGACAGAUCCUAGCAACUUCGGCCAGUUUCGACUAUAUCAGCAUGACUUGAGCCAGUACAUGAAGUUGGACGCGGCUGCAUUGAGGGCGCUUAACCUCAUGCCAGGACCCAGGGACGGAUCGAAGAACAUGAGCUUGUUCGGCCUCUUGAAUCACUGCAAGACUCCCAUUGGUGGCCGUUUAUUGGCGCAGUGGCUGAAGCAGCCAUUGAUGAACCGUUCUGAAAUCGAGAAACGACAACAGCUGGUGGAGGCUUUCAUCAACGAUACAGAACUGCGUCAGACCAUGCAAGAAGAGCAUCUCCGUUCCAUCCCCGAUCUGUAUCGCCUAGCUAAAAAGUUCCAGCGCAAAGCUGCCACCUUGGAGGAUGUGGUGCGCGCCUAUCAAGUCAUCAUACGGCUGCCUGGCUUCCUUGAAGCCCUUGAAACGGUGGUUGAUGAGCAAUAUCAAGUCCCGCUCGCAGCACAGUACACAUCCAGGUUGAAGGAGCUGUCCAAUUUUCUAGGCAAGCUCGCGGAGAUGGUCGAGACGACCAUCGAUCUCGAUGCACUGGAUCGUCAUGAGUUCAUCAUCAAACCGGAAUUCGAUGACAAACUGCGCAUCAUCAAGACGAAACUCGACAAGGUGAAACACGGCAUGAACGACGAGCACCGCCGUGUAGGCAGAGAUCUCAACCAGGAGCUCGACAAGAAACUCUACCUGGAAAACCACCGAGUCCAUGGAUAUUGCUUCAGGUUGACCCGCAAUGAAGCGGGUUGCAUCCGCAACAAGAGUCAAUAUAAAGAAAUCUCGACCCAAAAGAAUGGUGUCUAUUUCACAACCCAAACACUGCAGGAACUGAGGAGAGAAUACGACCAGCUUUCCAGUUCAUACAAUCGGCAGCAGUCAUCACUUGUGUCGGAAGUUGUCACUGUCGCCUCCUCUUAUACUCCCGUGAUCGAACAACUUGCAGCCAUCAUUGCUCACCUGGAUGUGGUGGUCAGUCUGGCCCACGUUUCCGUGCAUGCUCCCACAGCGUAUGUGCGGCCAAAGAUCCACGAACGGGGCAGUGGAGAUACGAUAUUGAAAGAGGCCCGUCAUCCAUGUAUGGAAGCUCAGGACGACAUCAACUUUAUCACCAACGACGUGGAACUGAAACGUGACAGUUCGAGGUUCUUGAUCAUAACCGGCCCCAAUAUGGGUGGCAAGUCGACCUACAUCCGUACCAUUGGAUGCAUAGCCCUGAUGGCUCAGAUUGGAUGCUUUGUGCCCUGCAGUGAAGCCGAAUUGACCAUCUUCGACUGCAUCCUGGCCCGUGUAGGUGCUUCGGACUCACAGCUGAAGGGCGUUUCAACCUUCAUGGCCGAAAUGUUGGAGACAGCAAAUAUCCUGAAGAGCGCGACACGGGACUCGUUGAUCAUCAUUGACGAGCUAGGUCGAGGUACCAGUACAUACGACGGCUUUGGUCUCGCAUGGGCAAUAAGUGAAGAAAUCGUGGCCAACAUUGGAGCUUUCGGCUGCUUUGCGACUCAUUUCCAUGAAUUGACCGCCCUCGCGGACAAAUAUCCUAACGCUGUCAAGAACCUACAUGUGGUGGCGUUUGUGGGUGAGCAAGCAACGACCGCGGUCAACGGCGACAGUGAGGCGGCACCCAAGCGGCAAGAAGUCACGCUGCUGUACAGAGUCGAACCUGGAAUCAGCGACCAAAGUUUUGGAAUUCAUGUUGCCGAGCUCGUCAGAUUUCCGGAGAAGGUGGUCAAGAUGGCGAGGCAAAAGGCGGAAGAACUGGAAGACUUCACCGCAGUCAAAGGAGAACAGAAGCAAGCACAAUAUUCCAAAGAGGAAGCGGAGGAGGGCAGUCGUCUACUCAAAGCUAUCCUGAAGAAGUGGAAAGACCAGGUUGAAGGACAGGACAUGAGCAAGGAUGAGAAGCUCCAGGUGAUGAGAGAUCUGGUCAAGAGUGACGAGAAGCUCACCGCCAACCGAUACUUCCAGUCCGUCCAAGUAUUGUGA